GGGAGGAGCCGUUCAGCACACGUCAUCAGGCCAUCAUUAGUCACACAACAAUUGUGAUGUUAUUGGCUGUUACGAGGCCAUUGGCAACAACCGUGACAUGAUCGAUUGCUACAAGGCCAUGCAGGUCAACAUCACGGGCAACGAUCGCGACGUGAUUGGUUGUUACGAGGCCAUUGGCAACAAUCGCGACAUGAUUGGUUGUUACGAGGCCGUUGACAACAAGCGCAACAUAAUCGACUGCGCGCUCCGUGGCCUUCCCUUGCAGGCGCUGAUCAUCCGAAGCACCGGUCGCCUGGUGUCGCAUACCGCGCUGAUGUCACACUUGCUGAAGAACGAAGACGAGGCAGCACCAAGCGGCGACUCAUUCGUCGUCUACCUCAUCGAUCCGACGUUCUGGGCCCGGCCGGUGCCGCGCAUCGAGGAGACCAUUGCGCCGCUCCUUAGCCGCACCGAGGAGCUUAGGACGGCUGCUGAGACUGUGGUGUUAUGGGACGAUGGUGAGUGUGACGAAGAGUGUGAUGACGACCGUGGCAUCGCCCUCGACGUCCUCGGGAUGCACGCGAGCCGCAUGCUGGAGAACCUCCGCGCUGCGCUCCGAACCUCAAAGGCUGCGCUCGAGCAGGCGGACGAGGCGACACAGCGGCUGGAUCGGAUCCGUGCGGCUGUCGAUGCACACUCCGCCUACACUGCCCGACGGGCACGUGCGAUGGCUCAGGCGCUCACCCUGCUCGAGCAGUCCCAGUCCGCCUUUGCACGGCUUGCGGAUCAUGUCAUGCCUCUUGUUGCGGACGGAUCGGUCCCGGACGACUCGAUGCUGGCUUAUGCGCAUGGUGCUGAUGCAGCGCAGACCAAGGCAUGGCGUGCUGAGCUCGUCAGCAGUAGCCGCGAGAUUGUGGCGCAGGCGGCGAUGGUGGCCACAGAGGGUGAGCAGUGGCUGGCUCGGGCGCGCGAUGUCGGGCCGGCAGAGCGGCCUGCACCCGGCCAUGCGAGCCACACCACGAGCCUGGACAACAUGAUCGAGGUGGUCGAGGGGGCGAACAUGGUAUACAAUGAUAUACACGCGCUCCCAACAACUGACCGCGAGGCUGCUGCCGCCGCUGCGGACAAGCUGCGCAUCCUGCACUCGGCCUCGCUUGGGCUCCACAAGGAGAUGGUGGCAAUGGGCCUGCAGCUGAGCGGAAAGGCGGCGGAGCUGAGCUCUGCGAUGGUGGCCGCAUGCGCGACAGUGGCAAAGGUGGCGCAGCUGAUGGCCAGUGGGCGCAGCAUUGCCGACUCGGCUGGCCAGCUCUGCGCUGCCCUCGACCACAAGACUGCGGAGCUGAGCAAGUUCGCGGUGUUGUGGAAGGUGCCUGCUCUGGCCUACCGCACCAUCUCGGGCAUUGCAGUCGGCAGCGAGGCGCUCCUUCCGCUUGUCGCUGAUCCGCUAGCGCCGGGGCCGGCGGCAGCCCCGAGUGACGUGACCAUGACUCUAUCGUGGCUCGACGGGCAGAUGUGUGCCUCGCUCGCCACCUCGCAGGUGACCGACUCGAUCAUUCACUGCGCUGCUGCGGCAGAUAGCUUGAGUAGCACUAGUGAUGGCGACUUUGCCGAUACCGACGUCGCCGCGCCGGACUUUGGUCUCAACUCCACGUAUGCCGUUGUCGAGUCGCCCGAGCACGACAUGGCCGCGCUCGCCGCCCACCACAACACCGAUCUGAUCCAGCUGGAGGCCUCGUUUGCCAACCACGUCGCGUGCCUGCAGGUUCUGGUUGAUGGCGACGACGAGACUGCCACAAAAUGCGUUGAAAUUGCUUCUGCCAGAGCGCGCAGCGCCGAGCUGCGCGCACGUCGCGCUGAGGCUGCUGCGGCAGCAGCAGCCGAGGCUUCCGCCAAGGCCAUCGCCAAGGCCAACAAGAUCGCCAAGUCUGCAUCACGCAAGCUCUCUCAGCGGCAGCAUGUCUCACCGACCUCGGCAGCCGAGCUGGAGCUUCGCGCCGUCAAGGCUGAGCGCCGUGCCAUGGAGGUGCAGCUUGCCGCUGCGCGCUCCCGAGAGGAGCAGCUUGUCCAGCAGGUUGCCGCCCUCCGUAAUCAGGUCAUGCAGGCACUGAUGAUUGACAGCAUCAGCGCACCCGUCCGCCCGCUUACCGCUACCAGUGCUGCCCUCGACCGGCACGCCUCAGACGCUCGGGCCCGCCAUGCCGCCCGGGCUGGGCUCACGCCCGACGCCCUCGCGCUCGCCGCCCGCACCCGCGGCAACGAGCUGCUCUCAUCUUCGCUGCAGCAGACUAGCCGCCGCCGCUCCUGCCGCUCACCCUCACCGCUUGCCCGCCGCGCCGCGUCGCACCGCAACCGGGACGUCGACGCAGCAGUCAACCGAUGGCGCGCCCGCUAUCCGCCCGCCCCGCCGCCUGCCGCGCCUGCUCUUGCUGCUGCGCGCUCGACCGCACUCUCGCCGUCUGCCGGCUGGGCUGCCUCGUCACGAGUCUGGGGCGCCAACCGGGCGCCGCGCGGCUACGCCUUUCGCUAUCGCCCGCCAGUUCGCCAUCCACCACCACGCACCGCUGCAGCCGCUCGCCAACGAUCGCGCUCGCUCUCGCCGAUCGCCCGCUGGGGCGAGGCUUUCCGCCUGGCUGCUGCAGAUUUUACUCACCUCCGCCCACAUCUCACCAACGACGCUCUUCGCGAGCCGCUCCACGUCCCGCCGCCUCCCGACCCGACCGGCAACGGCUAUGCUGCCACGUCGUCGCUGCUCCCGAUCGCGUCACCCACGCCCUCGCUGACCGCCACCCUAGGCUCGUAUGACUAUCGCUACGGCACCCACUCGGCCUUUGCAUCGUCGCUCUCGGCACUUGCUGCGCCCGUGGAUGGCUCACCGCUGCCCGAGUCGGCCUCUGUGCGGGCCUCGGACCCAGCCCGGGUCCUGAAUCACUCGCUCGAGUGCGCGCGCAGUCCGAGUCGCUCAAGCAUUUACAACCCGUACUGGCCGCAGCCGUAA